AUGGUUUUGCAACAGAAAGUUUCUGCUGCUGCUGCUGCUGCUGUUGCUGCUGCUGCUGCUGCUGCUGCUGUUGCUGCUGCUGCUGCUGCUGCUGCUGCUGCUGCUGCUGCUGCUGCUGCUGCUGCUGCUGCUGCUGCUGCUGCUGCUGCUGCUGCUGCUGCUGCUGCUGCUGCUGCUGCUGCUGCUGCUGCUGCUGCUGCUGCUGCUGCUGCUGCUGCUGCUGCUGCUGCUGAUAAGCUCUUGCCCAUACAGUCAGUAACUGACCUCGUGAAACGCGGACCGAAAUUCUCACAAGUCUUUUUGGAUGGAAGGAUUAUGUAA